CCUCAGGACCUCUAUGGACAAGACAAACAAAAACGAAAAUGCAAAUCUCUGAAAACCCAUGAUAUAGUUUCAUCGUCACAAGACGAAAAUGCUACCCCACUUGAUCAUUAUAGCCUUAACAGCUCUGAAGAAGUAGAGGUUGCUGCCGAAUCUCGACCAUUAAACCUUGGUAUAGAAGAUUCUCGCAAGUCGGCGGGAACAUCUGAUCAUGAAAUUGUAUCCAUCAAUUCAGAGAUGCUUCUCAUUCGCCGGGAUAUUCGUCGUAUUUUGAAUCGCCUUUCAGAGCCGCAGAUGGCGCGUGUCAUAAACGACCUAAUAAAUCUCUUUUCUGACAGGCCAAAGGCAGCCGUCCGAUUACUUUUGAUAGAAGAAGUGGACCGUUUGCUUCAGUUUGCCUCUCCUAAUAUUCGUUCAGAAUUGGGAUGGCUCCAGCAAGACUUAGGAGUCUGUAUCAGCUGCUUAAAUGGAAUAUUGCAAGCGACUUAUCAGUCCAAUUUAAUUGGCUAUCUUAUCGAAUUCAUCAUUAACAAAAUUAAUUUAUUUAGGAAGUGUGACGGCAAGUCUUUAAUAGAGUUAGAUUUAUCCAGGGAAAAUGCAACUGGUCUGGCUUCACGGUCUAUCUUUAUUGCCUUCCUCUAUCGAUUUGGC